AUGGGGAUAGUGCUAACAGUGAUAGCCACGUUGGAAGCAAAAACCGUGGAAGGAGUAGAGCGUACCCAGCAUAUCCAGGAUUCACCACCGGCAAGUGAACGAGAUACACUCAGAAUUAAAACAGAGGAAUUAGAGAUUGCUUCAGAGGAACCUGAUGAAUUCUAUCUUGUCAGAUUGUUUCGUAAAUAUAUUUUUGGGCAAGCUGAUGAGGUUGAGUUGAAGUUUGUUAACAGGAGAAAUAAUGAAGAUCUGACACUCUUGGGUAUCAUAUUGAAUCAAGAGGUCAAGAGGUUGUCAUCACAGAUAAUUAGAGUAAAAUGGUCUCUACAUGCUAGAGAGGAGAUUGUCUUUGAGCUUUCAGAACAUUUAACUGGUAGAGUCACCCAAGAUAUCUUGAGCAAAGUGAGAACAAGCACAAGGGAGAUGAUUGUGGAACAAGAAGCUGUUAGAGACCGCCUCUUCACAGUUCAAGAUGUUAUGCAGAACACUACACGAGCAUUGUUACAGGAUAAAAGUAUACGCAUUACACAUAAUUUGGCAGUUAUUGGAGGAGGAGGCCUUGUUCUUACUAUACUUACAGGACUUUUUGGAAUUAAUGUUGAUGGGAUUCCUGGUGGACAAAAUACACCAUAUGCAUUUGGUUUAUUUGCUGGAGUAGUUCUCUUUCUAGGCGUGGCUUUGGUUGGGUUUGGAAUGCUCUGUUUUGGGUUUAAAAAAAUAAUCACAGGAGAACAAGUUGAAGUGCGUAGAAUGGAGCUUCAAUCUCUUGUAGCAACAUUCCAGCAUGAUGCGGAGACACACGCAAAAUUUCAAAUUGCUAGUCAUGGACAUGGAUUACAGUUACAAGGAAAUGAAAAUGUCCUUGAAAAUUGCGAUUAUAUUGUUAUUAGAUAGCUUCUUGUAGACAGUUGUGCUAUGCAAUAUGGCUUGACGUUAUACGCUUCAAACAAAUAAUAAACUAUCUAGACUUCUUGUAUUUGUGAAAUUAUACGAUAUAAUAGAAUUUCAAAAUUAGUAGUUUGAGAUAAGCAUAGUUUACUUUAUUGGAUCCUUUACUGAAAGGAGUUCAAAUCAGAUGGGAUUAUUAUCUGUUAGUGUUGAAAAACUAUAAAUAUGAUUUUUGACCUACCAUAUUAUUGA